GCUUUCGGAGGCUCAAACCUGGAGAAACUAUAAUGCCGGAGAGACGAGUAGGAAAAGUCCCGUUUCCAUGCGUCAAACUGUGAAGAAAAUGGCGAGUAUGCGGGGACUGAAGCAGAGGGGUUAUGUGAAUGGAUUUAACUGUAAUUGUGUGGUGUGGAAACCGUCUCUUAUGUUAAGUACGGCAGAACGCGAGCCUUUAGAGAAUGAAAAAGGAAGCGUCAACUUUGACGCGUUUUCUUUUCAGUAAAAUGGAUUAUUGUACGCGGCGUUGCUCCUACCGAAUGAAUUGCAAACAACUCUCUCUUCAGCGUCCAAGAGAUAAUUGACCAAAGAUCUGCUGUAUCGACAUUCCGAUGAGGCAUUUGUCGGAUAAAUAUUGCGUUUAAUAUGUUUUGAAGAUGUUUUCCUCGUGCAUAAAAGGACAACACCCGCCUUCGGGUCGCGCGACGUGCUCGCGAACGUACUUUGCAGAUGUUAGAUCAUCACGGUCAUCAGUCAUUUGACACCAAGAAGCAAUAAGCGUACAUCUACUUAGAUUGUUUUGUGUAAUCUGCUGUAUUGACUGUAUAAUGGCCUUCAGGUCCAGAAGACCGUGGGUGAGUGUGAUCGUGGGGGUUUUUCUUGGGUUCACAGUCGCGUCGUGGCUGGUUGUGCCCAGAGUUGUGGAAAUAAGUGUGAAGAACAGAAGAUCGUCAAUAUGUUCGUACUACAGUAACGCCAAGGCUCAGAAAGUUUCAGACACUGCCCGCAGUAGCUCAUUUACCAAUGGCAGACACAAGCAGAAGAAUCUCUUCUCCAGUGAUGAAGGUGAAGAAGAUCUUUACAGGACAGUGAACAGCAGUGAUAGAGAAGGACCGGUACCUCCGGUCAAAAGCUUCCUGUAUGUGGGGGUCAUGACGGCACAGAAGUAUCUGGCUUCCAGGGCCGUGGCUGCACACAGGACGUGGACUUCCAGCAUCCCCGGGCGGGUGGAGUUCUUCUCCAGUGAGGGCUCUGAAAAGGUGCCCCUGCCAACUUUAGUGCCCGUCAUCUCACUGGCAGGAGUGGAUGAUUCAUACCCUCCUCAGAAGAAGUCUUUCAUGAUGCUGAAGUACAUGCACGACCAUUACCUGGAUAAAUAUGAGUGGUUUAUGAGGGCCGAUGAUGAUGUCUACAUUAGAGGUGAAAAGCUGGAGUUAUUUCUCCGCUCUCUUAACAGCAGUAAACCACUAUAUCUGGGUCAGACUGGUUUGGGGACCACAGAGGAGCUGGGUAAACUGGCCCUGGAGCCUGGAGAGAACUUCUGCAUGGGUGGUCCAGGGAUGAUCUUCAGCAGGGAAGUUCUCCGCAGGAUGGUGCCACACAUCGGGGAAUGUCUCGGGGAGAUGUACACUACACAUGAAGAUGUGGAGAUAGGACGCUGUGUUAGACGGUUUGGAGGGACACAGUGUGUCUGGUCAUAUGAGAUGCAGCAGCUAUUCUAUGAGAACUAUGAGCACAACAAGAAAGGUUUCAUCCAGGAGCUGCACAGCAGCAAGAUCCACAAUGCCAUCACGCUGCACCCCAACAAACGUCCAGCCUACCAGUACCGACUCCACAGUUACCUGCUUAGCCGUAAGAUCUCUGAGCUGCGAUACCGCACUGUUCAGCUUCACCGUGAAGGCGUCACCAUGAGUCGCCUCGGCAACGUUGAAGUGCAUUGGGAUUACCAGAUGCUGGGGGCACCACCUUCCUACACGCGCUACCGGCCCACCAAGCGUGGAGACGUCAUCGAGUGGGACUUCAUGACCGGCAGGCACUUGUAUUCCACCAGUGAAAAGCAAAUGCCUCGUCAGGGCCUUGGAAACCUGGUCCGCACGGCACUGGAGGACACGGUGCUUCAAGUGAUGGAGAUGAUCAACGAGAACUCCAAAGCUCGCGGACGCGUCAUCGACUUCAAGGAGAUCCAGUAUGGCUAUAGACGGGUGGAUCCGCUUCACGGUGCCGAAUACAUCCUAGAUCUUUUGCUGCUUUACAAGAAGCACAAGGGCAGGAAAGUCACAGUUCCUGUCCGGAGACACGCAUACCUACAGCAGUCCUUCAGUCGGCCGUUCUUCAGCGAGGCAGAGGAAUUGGACGUUGAAAAACUAGAGGAAGCCAUCAAUAGUGACUCUAGUUCGCUCUCCUUCCUCUCCAGCUCGCUCAAGAUCUUCUCUUCCUUCCAGAUCUCAGAUUCCACGAAAGAGAUGCAAAGUCCAAAAAAGGUUCACUUCCUUGUACCACUCACUGGCCGCUACGGAAUCUUUGUGCGUUUCAUGGAAAAUUUUGAGAGAGUCUGCCUUAUUCCCAACCAAAAUGUCAAGCUAACCAUAAUCCUGGUCGAUAAUGAUACCAAUCAGGACAAGGAGAGACACCUGGAGUUGAUAAAGGAAUACCACUACAAAUACCCUAAAGCAGACCUGUCCAUCAUACCUAUGACGGGAGAAUUCUCUCGUGGCUUUGCCCUUGAGAUGGGCUCUUCCCAAUUGAGAAACAACUCAUUGCUGUUCUUCUGCGAUGUGGACCUGGUUUUCAAUUCUGAUGCUCUCCAGAGGUGUCGAGACAAUGCCAUUGAAGGAAGUCAGGCGUAUUUUCCUGUCAUCUUUAGUCAGUAUGAUCCCAAAAUUGUUUAUGCUGGUGACCCUCCAGAAGACAGCAGCUUUGUUUUUACCAGGAAGAGUGGGUUCUGGCGGGAUUAUGGAUUUGGUAUCACCUGCAUAUACAAAAGUGAUUUGCUCAAAGCUGGAGGUUUUGACACAUCAAUCCAAGGCUGGGGUUUGGAGGAUGUCGAUUUGUUCACAAAAGUCAUUAACUCUGGUUUGAAAGUGUUCCGCUCUCAAGAAGCAGGUAUUGUGCAUAUUUAUCACCCUGUCCUCUGCGACACUCAUUUAGAGCCCAGGCAGUACAAAAUGUGCCUCGGAUCCAAAGCGAGCACUUACGCAUCCACAAUGCAAUUAGCAGAAUUGUGGUUGUUGAAACAUUUAGAAGUUGGGUUUAACAGGACCUCUUCCUGACGUUCCAACAAAUCCAUCGGCAUCACUAGACUUAACCUCAGUUCUGCAUGAGUGCAAACAUCAAAAGGUUGACUGUAUGUUUGCAUGUUUGUAGCUGGUAUGGUUGAAUGUAAGUCCAUAUACAUUUAUCUCAUUUUUUUCAAGGUACACUCCGAUUCCUUUGGUGCAACAUCUUUCAGUGGUUUCUCUUUGCCAUGUAAUCUGUAACCAAAGGAUAUUUAUUGUACAGGUCUGAACAGAAGGUCACUCUGGGGGAAGGUUUAAUGUUUGCCAUCUUGCAAACUGUUCAUAUCCUCAGGAGCUCUUCUCACGUGAAUACCACACAUGAACGUUUUUAAUAUGGUCCUCUUAAUGACUCAAGGAGAAACAAGCUCUGUUCCAAAACCUAGUGUGAGCUGCUAAUCUAAAUAGCUUUUUAAGUAUCAUAGAUGCGAUUCCAAAGUGCAGGAUGUUCCAAAAGAUAUCUCUAAACUAAAACCAUUUCAUUCUCAUGCAGCAUCCAUGUAUACUGUGCAAUGAAGGCAAUCCCAGAAUGCAUCAUCCCAGUCUGAAAAUGAGAUUUUGAUUAUAAAUAUAUUUAAUUCAGUAUUGAAUUGAAAAACUAUCAAUACUAAAUAGUUCAGCCUAAUUAAAAAGGACUUCUUUACCCAAAAUUUCUAUGUGAUAUGUAUAUUUAUAUUUUAGAGUAUCACAAUGUUAAC